AACUACAGCCGCCCACAGUCCUUUGUGUAGUACAUGACUAAUGGAAAAAAUACAUAAAGCUUCUUUACUUGUGUCCGUGUUUCUGUGUGGAUUUGAGAUCGGGCAGUGGGACUUUGUGACAAAACAGCACGAGGUGGACUUUGCCUGCAUGGUGCAGUCACUCCUUUACUGAGUACUUUGCAGUGUUAGUUUGUCAGUACUGUUACUGUUAGGAGAAUGAAUGACAGCAAGAUGUGUCUAGUUUAUGUUACUGCACUGGGGUUGUGUGCAAUCACAUUGAUUUCAGGAGGCCCUGUCAAACAGACAGCAGCCAAACAAAAAGGCAGUGCAGUCCUUUUUUUCGUGGCACACCCAGGACAGGUAAGAGAGGUCCUAUUUAGCCCACUCAUCUUUAAUCAGGUGAUGGUGAACCAGGGCUCAGCCUACGAUAAAAACACGGGUGUGUUCACUGCACCAGUCGCUGGUGUCUACCAGUUUGUGUAUGCUGCCCAGCUCUGCCGAGGACCCCACAACAACCUUUGGUACUUUAUGGUCAAUGAUGCCGAAAGGAUGCUGUGCCAUGCUCAGGUGUCAGGUGGUGAUACAACUCUUAACACCUGUUACUACAUGGAGGAACUAAAAGAAGGUGAUCGAGUUUGGAUAAAACAGCUAGAAGGGAGCUGCGCCUGGGCCAGCACCACUUCCAAAACAAUUACAUUCUCAGGAGUCCUGCUUGUACGUGAGGGUGUUUCCAUGUUGGAAGAGAAACAUGGCUCUGGCUUUUCCUGCCCGCUGCCCAGCCUCAGCCACAAAAUGAUGUCAAGCUCUGCAAGCCAGGCUGUUGCUCUGUCUGGUGUCUUGAUCGCCAUGCUGCUCUGGCCACUGCUCCUGGAUUAGUUAUGCUGAAGAGACAACAGUCUGUUCUGUGGAUAGAUGUAUCUAUAUCUUUGCAUAUCUAUAUAUCUAUCUAUCUACAUCAAUGUAUCUAUGUAACAGCAAAGUAAAGUAAGCGAUAUGACAUUUCAUGCUCAUAUUUGGUGGCUUGACCCAGGUAAAAUAAAACCCAACAUGGCAUACAGAGUGGACAUAAAGUUAAGGUUGUACGGUAAAAUGGAGAAAAGACCGCCAAAACAGUUCAAAUCAAAAAUCGAUUAGCUUCAGUCGAUAGAAGAACAAGGUUCACAUCUGAAAUGCAAACUUUAAAGGAUGUUAUAAAGACCCAAUGUGGCUUUGUCAAUAAAUCUAACAGAAAGAAACAUAUCAAUGUAAUUUGUUGCGAGGAUUUUUUGCUAAAUAAUUUGAUGACAUGACGGAUUUAAUAAAAUAUAAUUUAACCAUCAGUUCUGCUCGUCUCAAUUUUGAAUGGAUUCUACAGUAAGAGCUUUACUGCCGCCAUAUGUUCCACAUCGUGGAAUCAAGAUUCAACGUUAAUAACCGUGCUAUCCAGUAGAUAGCAUAAGUUAGUCAUGAAAUACAUAGAUCGAAGAAAAGACUGAAAAGGAAGACACAUAGCCUGUAUCUUUAAACUACUACCUAAAUAAUUUCCGAGGGGAAUGCA